UUUUUUUUUUUUUUUUUGGCAAGGUCUUACGUUGCCUGGAACUCUCAUACCCCUCCUCUCCUACCUGCCCCUCGUCUCCUACCUCCUAACCACCAAAGCUGCAGGAGUGCAUCACCACACCUGGUGCCCUUCUUGCAUGGAAAGUACUGGACACAGCAGCUAAUGGCACUUCCCUGAAACAGUGGUCAAAACUGCGUGGGGGCAGGGUGGGUAGGUGGGGCAAGGAGUUACAUACUGGUAGUGGAGUGGCAGGAAGGCAAGGGCAAGAAGGUGACCAACAUUUACAGGCUAGUGAGUUCAAAGGCCACCCUGGCUACAGGGGCUGAGACUGUUUAAAAAACAAGGCACAGAGAGGCAGAGGCAGGCAGUUCUCUGAGUUCAAGGCCAGCCUCGGCUACAUAGGCCAGCCAAGGCUAGUGAGUCUGAAAAGGAAAGGAAGAAAGAAAAAAAGAAAGGAAGGAAGGAAGAGAGAAGAAAAGAAGAAAAGAAAAAGAAAAACCCCACAACAGAAUACAAGAAGGAAGAAUGGAAGGUUGGGAGUGGGGGGCUGGGGGUGAGUACACAGACUUCCAAAGAAAACCGUGAAGGUUUUACAUAUUGAGUUCAUCAGUCUUGAGGGGACGUCAUUCUUAAAUCUGCUUUUGAAUUUCUUAAAAACACUUUCAGACGCAAUAAUUUGUAACCAAGGCUGCCCUUGAACUCCCGACCCUUCUGUCUCUACAUCCCAAGUGCUGGGAUUAUAACACGCACCACCUUCAACUUUCUCUGAUUUAUAUUUUGAGACCAUGUCUCAUUCAGGUAGCCCAGGCUACUCUAGAAACUGUUCCUAAGGGCUGGAGUGCAGAUUGUACUUCUCUUGGCAUGUUCAUUUGCUCGGUUGGAGACGGUUUUACUCUGUAUCCCGGCUGGCUUUGAAUAACUGAUCCUCCUGCCUCUACUUCUCACCCUACCAGAAAUUCUUACAGCCUAAAGAACCGCACGCUGUUCGGGGACAAUUCUGGAUUUGACUCUGUUCCGUCUAACCCGGGCGAGCUCCCUGGAAGAAGCGGGACUUGGCCAGGAGAGGGCGGGGAGCGGGGGAAGUGGGGGGACUCCCCCCACACCAAGCCUCAGGUUGCACAGGCACCCCGUCACGUGACGGGUUGUGGAGGGGGCUCCCGGGUCACGUGCCUGGGGGAAAACCUUGCAUUAGGUUGCGGGCUGCAGUGGAGAGCGGUGGGAGGCGGGGGUCGCGGCGGGUCGCAGUCCAAGAGCGAGGUGGCAGUGGGAGCCGCGGCCGGCCGCGGUGGCGUUGGAGGGGGCGGCCCCGCGUCCGUGUCACGUGGUACAAGGCGGGCAGCCAUCUUGCUACAAACACAAACAGAGAGGAGCGGCCGCCGCGGGAGCGCCAGCGCCCCCCCAGUCCCCCCCUUGCCGCCGCCGUCCCGGCCCGCCGCGCGCCACCCGCCCGUCACCGCCACCACCGCGCCCGGGUCACCAACGCCCCGGGGGACCGGGAACCUCGCGCCCCCGACUCCUGGCAUCCUGCAGCGGAUGGGGACUGCAGAGGCACACUGGUCCAGCCUCCUGCUCAGCCAGUGAUAAAAAAAACCCACGUACUACCCCUGGACACUGCCUGCCCUUCCUCCUCUCCUCUGCCCUUGCUGGAUGAACCCCUACCUGAGAGUCUCCUACCCAGGCCCCUAGAGGAACCUUCCCGUGUUGCUGCCACUGCCGCCUCACUAGCCGCUGGAGACUGAACUUGCCUCUUCCCGUAUGGAUCUUUCCCAGAUGUGAAGGUUUCUCCCAGGCACUUCUGAGGCUAGAGCUAGUUGCUUGGGGAUUCUAGUUCCCCCAGCCCAGGCCCUGCUAGACAAGAGCCUUGUUUCACGGACAGGACUGUCAGGUAUUUGGACAGUACACGCCUGGUCCUCUCUCCUCCAUUCAUCCUUGACCUGUGAGAAGCAUCCCAUCUCCACAAUGGCAGCGGAGACACUCAACUUUGGGCCUGAGUGGCUGAGAGCCCUUUCCAGCGGUGGCAGCGUGGCCUCUCCACCCCCAUCCCCUGCCAUGCCCAAGUACAAGCUGGCAGAUUACCGCUAUGGGCGAGAGGAGAUGCUGGCCCUCUAUGUCAAGGAGAACAAGGUUCCCGAGGAACUACAGGACAAGGAGUUUGCUGCAGUGUUACAGGAGGAGCCGCUGCAGCCCCUGGCUCUGGAGCCUCUCACUGAGGAUGAGCAGAGAAACUUCUCCCUGUCGGUGAACAGUGUGGCUGUGCUGAGGCUGAUGGGAAAAGGGGCUGGGCCCCCUUUGGCUGCCACCUCCCGUGGCAGGGGCAGCACUCGGAGCCGAGGGCGAGGCCGUGGUGACAGCUGCUUUUACCAAAGAAGCAUUGAGGAAGGCGAUGGGGCCUUUGGACGCAAUCCUCGGGAGAUCCAGCGAAGCCAGAGCUGGGACGACAGAGGUGAGAGGCGGUUUGAGAAGUCUGCAAGGAGGGAUGGAGUACGAUCUGGCUUUGAGGAGGGAGGGGCUGGCCCGAGGAAGGAGCAUGCGCGCUCAGACAGUGAGAAUUGGCGCUCACUUCGAGAGGAGCAAGAGGAUGAUAGCAGCUGGAGACUUGGGGCAGGACCCCGGCGAGAUGGUGAUCGCUGGCGUUCCACCAGUCCUGACGGUGGUCCCCGCUCUGCUGGCUGGCGGGAGCAUGGAGAGCGGAGGCGCAAGUUUGAUUUUGAUUUGCGAGGGGAACGCGGAGGUUGUGGUGAAGAAGAUGGGCGAGUUGGGGGAGGCAACUCACACCUCCGAAGAUGCCGGGGGCUGGAUGGCUUUGAAGAUGACAAGGAUGGGCUCCCAGAGUGGUGCCUGGAUGAUGAGGAUGAGGAGAUGGGUACUUUUGAUGCUUCUGGAGCCUUCCUGCCUCUUAAGAAGGGCCCCAAGGAACCUAUUCCAGAGGAGCAAGAGCUUGAUUUCCAGGGCCUGGAGGAAGAGGAAGAGGAACCAUCAGAUGGGGUGGAUGAAGAGGGGCCUGAGGCCGGAGGGAAGGAAGUGACCCCAUUGCCUCCUUCAGAGAAGUCGAGCUCCCCAUCCUCACUGCCUGCCUUGGGCCCUCUCUGGACAGCGAAUGAAGAUGGUGAGGCAGUGGAGAAAGAGCUGCCCCCGGCUGAAGGAGACGAGAUGAGGGGACUGCCUCUAAGUCCAAGAAUCAGUUCCCCUCCUGCAGGCCCGCCUGCAGACCUAGAAGAUGAAGAAGGCUUGAAGCACUUGCAACAGGAGGCAGAGAAGCUGGUGGCCUCCCUGCAGGACAGCUCCCUGGAGGAGGAGCAGUUCACUGCUGCCAUGCAGACCCAGGGCCUACGCCACUCCACAGCCGCCACUGCCCUUCCCCUCAGCCAUGGCGCUGCCCGAAAGUGGUUCUACAAGGACCCACAGGGAGAGAUCCAAGGCCCUUUCACAACCCAGGAGAUGGCUGAGUGGUUCCAGGCUGGCUACUUCUCCAUGUCCCUCUUAGUGAAGAGGGGCUGCGAUGAGGGUUUCCAGCCUCUGGGAGAGGUGAUCAAGAUGUGGGGCCGUGUGCCCUUUGCCCCAGGGCCCUCGCCACCCCCGCUGCUGGGGAACAUGGAUCAGGAGCGGCUGAAGAAGCAGCAGGAGCUGGCUGCGGCAGCCCUGUACCAGCAGCUGCAGCACCAGCACUUUCUGCAGCUGGUUGGCAGCCGCCAGCUCCCGCAGUGUGCGACACUCCGGGAAAAGGCAGCUAUGGGGGACCUGACGCCGCCGCAGCAGCAGCUCACUACGUUCCUGCAGCAGCUCCAGGCUCUCAAAACCCCCAGAGGUGGGGACCAGAACCUGCUCCCGACAAUGAGCCGGUCCUUGUCGGUGCCAGAUUCAGGCCCCCUCUGGGACUUACAUACCUCAGCUUCAUCACAGUCAGGUGGUGAGGCCAGUCUUUGGGACAUACCAAUUAACUCUUCGACUCAGGGUCCAAUUCUAGAACAACUCCAGCUGCAACACAAAUUUCAAGAACGCAGAGAAGUGGAGCUCAGGGUGAAGCGGGAGGAGGAGGAGCGCAAACGCCGGGAGGAGAAGCGUCGCCAGCAGCAGCAGCAGGAGGAGCAGAAGCGGCGUCAGGAGGAGGAGGAGCUCUUUCGACGCAAGCAGGUGCGGCAGCAGGAACUGUUGCUGAAGCUGCUACAGCAGCAGCAGGCGACGAAUGUCCCUGUGCCCCCUGCACCCAGCUCCCCACCCCCACUCUGGGCUGGCCUAGCCAAGCAGGGCCUGUCCAUGAAGACUCUGCUGGAGCUGCAGAUGGAAAGUGAGCGCCAACUGCACAAGCAGCCGGCACCACGGGAGCCUCUGCGGGCCCAGGCCCCCAACCACCGAGUGCAACUUGGGGGCUUGGGCACUGCCCCUCUGAACCAGUGGGUGUCUGAGGCUGGGCCACUGUGGGGCGGGCCAGACAAGAGUGGGGGCAGCAGCAGUGGCAACCUGGGACUCUGGGAAGACACUCUCAAGAGUGGCGGGAGCCUGGCCCGAAGCCUGGGCCUAAAGAACAGUCGGAGCAGCCCGUCUCUCAGUGACUCCUACAGCCACCUGUCAGGUCGACCUGUUCGCAAAAAGACCGAAGAGGAAGAGAAGUUGCUGAAGCUGCUACAGGGCAUCCCUCGGCCCCAGGAUGGCUUCACCCAAUGGUGUGAGCAGAUGCUGCACACUCUGAGCACCACAAGCAGCCUGGAUGUUCCCAUGGCUGUAGCGAUCCUCAAGGAGGUGGAGUCCCCUUAUGAUGUCCAUGAUUAUAUUCGUUCCUGCCUGGGGGACACGCUGGAAGCCAAAGAAUUUGCCAAACAAUUCCUGGAGCGGAGGGCCAAGCAGAAAGCCAGCCAACAGCGGCAGCAGCAACAGCAGCAGCAGCAGCAGCAGCAACAGCAGCAGCAGGAGGCCUGGCUGAGCAGCAGCUCCCUACAGACAGCCUUUCAGGCCAACCACAGCACCAAACUGGGCCCUGGGGAGGGCAGCAAGGCCAAGAGGCGGGCGCUGAUGCUUCACUCUGACCCCAGCAUCUUGGGGUACUCCCUGCACGGCCCUUCCGGUGAGAUCGAGAGCGUGGAUGACUACUGACCAGCCUGUCCCACCAGCCCCCUGGGCUCUACACUCGGGUGGCGGCAGCAUAGACCUUUGGGUCUCCGGCCUGCAGGCUCCCAGCAAGGAGCAGAGGAGGAAGCAAGCGGGGCAGGGUCCCCAGCACUUGUUACAAACCACACGAUGCACCUUAACUCACCCACCACGAGGCACUUUACAGAUGGGGGAGGGGCUUUUUUUUCUCUUUAAUUUUAAACCUUAGGAGAGACAAAAGUAUCAUUCAAAAGCUAGACGGUAGGCCCCUUCACCCCUUUGGGGAUAAUGGGUGUGACAUUGGAAGGUCCACAGAGGUUUGGGGGUUCUUUUUGUUUUGUUUUGUUUUUAUUUUUUAUUUUUAGAAAAAAAGAAAAAAUAAUGAAAAAAAAGUUAGGCUGAAAGGAAAAAAAAUCACACUGUUAUUUUCGGCCAGUGGGUACCAGGCCCCAUGGAACUGUCCUGGCUGGCUCCCCUGAGGCUGCACUUACUCUGCUGCCUGCCCCUAGAAGGUGGGUCAUUGGGGUAACUGUCAGCUGGGUGCUGGCAGUCUGCACAGCGAGGCCCCUCCAGAAGCCCCACCCGCUGGACCAGCUGUGGUCCGCUUCCUGGGGCAGGUACCGUGGCAGGUGUCCUGGUCAGGGGCCAUAGUCGCCCCUUGCCUCAGCUGCUUUGGGAGGAACGUUGCACAAAUUGGAUGAGCUGCCUCAGCUCCCUCUUCCCCAAGCCCCCUCAACAGCCCUCCCACACCGGCUGAGGGGAGCUGGGGAAAGACCUGUCAGUGCCAGCCUGUCAGGUAGGCUCUGAACUCAGGCCUGCUGAGGGGCUGCCCCCCACUGCUGCCAUUCCGGGGGACAGCCGGGGUGACACUGAAAGCCCCAGCUCCCUGCCUUUGCCACAUGAAUGUAUUCUCUGGCCCCCAAGCCUGUCUCACCCUCUCUGAGAAGGGACACAGCCCUUCCUCCAGGAGCUGGAGACCACCACCUCCUUUUAUCAUGGCUGAGGCCUUGCUUAUGUGAGGGGAGGACCCUGAAGGAGUGGCUUGGGGCUGAACCUGUGGUGGAGGGCCUAGGUGGGAGCCCCCUGAUGGGAGCCCCCUGAUGUGCAGCCAGUGGUGUGGGAAGUAGACCACAGCUCUGUACCUGGACCCCUCCAUUGACCAAAUGGGAGAGGAGUUAGCAGCCCCUCUCCUUGAUGUUUCCCAUGCUGGGUGUAAGGCUGGAGGUUGAAAGCGCCUGUGUCCUGGGCUGGGGGCUGCCUUGCCUGUUGCUCACCGACUUCACUCCUAGUCCCCCCGCCUGGGCUUGUCUCCAUCUUGUUUGGCUUUCCCCCUUUUCGUUUUAAUGUACUGUGUUAGUGAGCUCUCCCAUCGGCCUCAUUGCUCAGAAUGCAGUAUUAGGGCGAGCCUGUCACUGCCUCCUCCAUGAAUGUAUUUCUCUUUUCUGCCCUGGGGAAGUGGGGAGUGGCCCCAGGUUUCUUUCCCAUCCAUCCCCAGAGAGGUGACCUUCUGUUUUCCUUUCAACUUUUUUUUUUCUUUUUCCUUUUUUUUUAAUUUUUUUUAAAAUUUUUUUUUUUUUGCACCAAAGUGGCAACUGGGUCAGUGUUGGGGAUCAGGCUGGCUCUGGGUGGAAGUCCCCUCCACCUGCUUCUCCCUGGCUUUGACAGUGUUAGCGUCUGUGAAAAGACAAUAUUCUCUCUAAAGCAAUAAGGGGGUGAUGGGCCAGGGGGAAAUGUCUUGCUGCUGCUGGCCCCCCAGCUCCCCUUCCCUCUUGCCACUGUGGUGGCAUUGGAGGGGUGGGAGAGACUCCUGUUGUGACUGAAUGUAACCUACCCUGCCCCUGCCACAGCCAAUGCAGGGGGAGGGGAACACUUGUCUCUUCCUACCCCUUCCCCCAGCUAAAGAGACUUUGAACUUGGGGGCCCAUGAGCCUGGAGAGGCCUUAACCCUGUGAGGAAGUGUAGGGGGAGCCCUCUCCCACCCCAUCCCCUCUGAGAGUGGUCAAUGUUUACAAGCCCUGAGCCCUAACCCAGGGACUCAGACGCUCCCCACCCCAUCUUAAUCCUUUCCCCAUCCCAGUCUUACAGGGCCCUGCUGCUCCACCCUGGCCCCCUUGGGGUUCAGGGUAGUGUAGGUAUCCUGUGUAUCCCAGUUUACCCUACCUCUACCCUGUGUGACUUCCCUAAUACCCACUCUUGUAAAUACUCCCAAUAAAACUCGGUGUGUUCUCCCAGUC